CUCGACUUUCCUGAUAUUCAAAUGCCUACACUUGACUUUCCUGAUAUUCAAUUACCUAAAUUUAACCUUUCUGAUGUACAAAUGCCUACACUUGACUUUCCUGAUAUUCAAAUGCCUGAAAUUAACUUUUCUGCCAGUAUUGGUGCUACAGGGCUAAUCGCACAACCCACAGAUGAGACUACGGUCAUGUUCACCAAAUACAUCAAAGUUAAUGACAAGUCUUUAGACGUCUAUACGAACAACGCAGAUUAUUCCAGUCUUAAAAUGCUUGAACUUAACUCUCCUGAUAUUCAAAUACCUGAACUUGACUUUCCUGUUGUUCGACUACCCAUACUUAACUUUCCUGUUAUUCAAAUGCCUAUACUUAACUUUCCUGUUAUUCAAAUGCCUAUACUUAACUUUACUGAUACUCAAAUACUUGAAUUUAACUUUUCUGACGCUGGAUCUUUCAUUGAGGAAGGAGGAGGAGAAAGUUUUGAAAGAGAACCAUGGAUACUAGAUACAGAAGCAACAGGUGAAAAAGGUACGAUAGUGGAGGUAGGAGAAUUUUUGGAAACAAAACCACUUCAUAACCUUUUGGAAUAUGAUCAUGUUCAGGUUUCCCAAGGAACGGGAGCGAUGUGUCUCAAUUUAGGUAAUGCCGGUGACUCAACCAACGGGGCAACAGGUUUUGGGGCCAUUGGAGGAGUUGAA